UUUUUUGUAAAAAAACAUAUAAAAGAACAGCACCAGAACACAUCAAUGUCGUAAACCUCUUUUCCAAUAACAAAAAAUGGCUAUUGUCUCUAACCCCAACAUCCUCGCUAAAUACCUUGCCCUUGGCCAACACGAUAAGGUCCAAGUUGAAUACAUCUGGAUCGACGCCAAAAAUGGUUUAAGAUCCAAGACACGUACUCUUGACUUUGUUCCUAAAUCACCCAAGGAAUUACCGGAAUGGAAUUAUGAUGGCUCUUCUACUGGUCAAGCUGAAGGCCAUGAUUCUGAUGUACUUAUCCAACCUGUUGCUAUCUUUGCUGAUCCUUUCCGCGGUGGUAACAACAAGCUCGUUCUUUGUGAGACUUAUAAUAAUGAUGGUACUCCUCAUUCCACCAAUUAUCGUUAUGCCUGUGAAAAGACAAUGGCAGCUCAUGCUGAUUCUAAGCCUUGGUUUGGUAUUGAACAAGAAUACAUGUUAUUUGACCCUGAGACCUCUAAGCCUUAUGGUUGGCCUAUGCAUGGUUUCCCUGAAGCUCAGGGUAAGUACUAUUGUGGUGUAGGUGCUGGUAAGAUUUUCGGACGUGAUAUUGUUGAAGCUCAUUACCGUGCUUGUUUGUUUGCUGGUGUUGAGAUUUCUGGUGUCAACGCUGAAGUUGCGCCUGGUCAAUUUGAAUUCCAGGUGGGUCCUUGUCUUGGUAUUGAGAUGGGUGACCAUCUUUGGAUUGCUCGUUAUAUUCUUGAACGUGUUGCUGAAGAUUUUGGUAUCAUUGUUUCUAUCCAUCCCAAGCCUAUCAAGGGCGACUGGAAUGGUGCAGGUUGUCACACCAACUUCUCCACCGAAGAGAUGCGCCAAGAAGGUGGUAUUGCCGCUAUUGAGCGUUCUAUUAAGAAGUUGAGCCUUCGUCAUUCUGAACACAUUGCUGUUUAUGGUGAAGAUAACGAUCAACGUUUGACAGGAAGACAUGAAACUGGUCACAUCAAUGAUUUCAGUUACGGCGUUGCUAAUCGUGGUGCCUCUAUUCGUAUUCCUCGUCAUGUCGGUAUCGAAGGAAAGGGUUACUAUGAAGAUCGUCGUCCUGCUUCUAACAUUGAUCCUUACAGAGUUACCAACAUUAUUGUUGAGUCUACUUUCAUGCCCGAUGCUUAAAUUGGUAUAAUUUUACUUUACCUCCCUUUUAACCUUAAUAUUGUAUAUGCCACUCUUACGGAUACACAUUCCUAUUGUCUUAUAAAGACCUAAAUACUAUGUAUACCAUUUUCUCUACAUGUGAAUUGUAAAAACCGAAUAAAUUUUUCUAUUUAUCCUCUUCUUGAUAGUUUCUGCUAAUGAACAGCAACAUUGUUGAACGGUGGUUCAAUUUGAGC